AUGAUGCGGACAGACAGCAAGGGCCGAAGCGCCUCCCCUCACAGGAUAACCUACAAGUCUGACUUUCAUGCCAUCAAAUGCUCAUUUGACACUGCGACCAGUCUACAAACAGGGACCAAAGCUGCUGCUGCUGCCAAUCGCUCUGCUGUCCACCCAACCACGCUGCCAUCCAGCCUGUCAGAUCCCAAAAUGUCCCACACCAGCACCAGUGCCAGCACAGGCAGCAGAGGGAGGGUCCACAGCACCAGGGGGACCAAGAUCAGAGACAACAUCUUCCUGCAAAUGGACAACCAGCAGCUGAAACAAGAUGGUGUCCCAGUGCAGAGUUAUGGCUCCACACCCCUUCUUUCUCCUUACAAUCCCAGCCCACAGCUCCAGACUUCACCUUUCUGCACAUCAAGGCGUUCAGUCGUCAGCUCCUUGUCUGUUCUGAGCGCUGCAGCCAGCAUGUCUGUUCCAGAAUCUUCUGUGCUAGAUAAACCAUCCAGAUCAGAGGAGAUAGCAGAUAUUGACAGAGCUGCUCUGGCUCAGAAGUUCUCUGUAACCCGGAGGUUGUUUGAGACCAAGAUGAUGGAAGUCGGAAGUGGUGGAGGACAGAUUUCUAAAGGUGUUGCUAGCAGGGGAAGCAAGGGGAUGACGGAUGGGAAAGGAGAUGGGGAAGAGGGAAUAGGAAGAGUCAGCCAAGUCGAAAAAGAGGAAGAUGGAAGUGGGAAAAUGAAUCACGCAGAGGAGGACAGCUUUGAUAAAGACAAAUCCAUAAACCCACCCAUCAUAAAUAUUUCCUCUCCAAAGCCUCCUGCACAGGCCUCGCCGACAAGGCACCCUAAAUCUCCUGUAUCACAUGGCCAUAGUGAAUCAUCCAACAAAUCUCCCUCCUAUCUCGACACACAUGGUCAAACCACAGCAUCACAAACAGAGGGAGAAAGAACAGCAACUCUUGACCUCUACUUGACCCCUGAGGAGCCAGUGAGGGCAGAACUAGUUGACGUAAAGAAUGGGUCGUCAGAAAGCGAUGAGAAUGAGGAAGAAAAGGAGCGGAGAGAGGAUAAAAACUGGCUGAAGGAUAAGGGAGGGAAGAAUAAAGCUGCAGGACAAAGUGUUCAGGAGCUAAUGGAUGAUGUUUUUGAGGAGCCCAGCGUGGAAACACCAUUAGCUUGUGCGCUGGAAAACAGAGUAUGUGCCAUAGAGGGUGGGCCAGAAGAGCACCAGAAGGAGUUAUCAGCCAGCACGUCAUGUAAAAGUGAGACUAACAAUGACAGGGAGGGUGGAAGAGACAAGUAUCAGCAGGUGAAUGAAGAAUGGGAGGGUGAAAGGGAGGAGCAGAAGAGACAGUUCAUGGCAUGCACCGAGAAGUCAACAGAUAAGGGGGACCACGGGGAGAAAAAGCCUGUUGCAGGAGUGGAAGAAAGUCCUGGAAGGACAAAAAGGGGCAUGAUGCAAGAGGAGGAUGACAAGGAAGUUGAGACAUUCAGUGUGGGGAAGAGAAAAGGUGGAGAAGAAUGCAAACAAAGUCAAGACGAGAAGGUGAAAGCCGAGAAAGAAGGCUCAACAUCUGAGCUGCAAGAAGUCAAGCAUGAGGAACGCAGGGAAGGCACUGAUGGAAAAGAUGAUACAGGAGGGGGCAAAGAGGACCAGACAGGACCUGCAGUUGUCUGUGGGAUCGAGAACGAGGCCUUUGUAUAUGAGCAGGAAUCCCAGUCUCAGCAGGAAAAUUCUGCACAUGGAAAUCAGCCUUUAUUGGGGUGUGAGGAGAUCCCUGGUGUGCCUGAACUGUCCGAUGAGGAGGAUGCAGCAGAGGUUGCAAAGAGAAAGGUCAAGUUCUCCUCAGCACCAAUCAAGGUGUACAACACUUACUCGAACGCAGAUUACGACAGACACAACGAGGACAUUGACCCGGUGUCCGCCUCGGCUGAGUUUGAGCUGGAGAAGAGAGUGGAAAAGAUGGAUGUCUUUCCAGUGGAGAUAGAGAAGGGAGAUGACGGUCUGGGCAUCAGCAUAAUAGGCAUGGGCGUAGGAGCUGACCAAGGACUAGAAAAACUGGGAAUCUUUGUCAAGACGGUCACUGAAGGUGGAGCAACACAGAAGGAUGGAAGGAUUCAGGUGAAUGACCAGAUAGUGGAGGUGGAUGGGGUCAGUUUGGUUGGAGUGUCCCAGCUGUUUGCAGCCACAGUCCUCAAGAACACGUCAGGCCUCGUCAAGUUUUUGAUUGGCAGAGAGAAGGAGGGCGUGGAGAGAGAGGUGGCAAGACUGAUCAAUGAGAGCUUGGAGAUGGACAAAACAUCCAGAAAGAAGGUAAGAGCAAGCACUGAUGAGGAUACUGACGGCAGUUUGUCAGAGAGGUCACUGGCUGAAGAAGAGGAGGAAGAUGAAGAGGAGGACGUGUCCCUUCUUUCCAGUCUGGACAACUACCAGCUCUGCCUCAAAUACCAGCAGCUUCAGUCAAAACUACGAAGCAGAACAGCCCAACUUCACCAAGCCAGAGAAAAGGUAAAGGCAUGGGAGGAGCAGCAGGCCUAUUGGGAGAGCCAGAGGGCUGAGCUGGAGCAAAGAGCCGAAGAUGGAGAGGAGAAAGCUGACAAACUAGAGAAGUAUUGGCAAGAGGCCCAGACACUGUGCAGGGUUGUGAGCCAACGACUGGCUGAUGCCCAGAGCCAAUCAGAAAGCUUGGAGGUCAAAUACAGCAAGGCCAAGAGACUGGUCAGAGAAUACCAGAGCAGAGACGAGGAGAGGGAGAGGAGAGAAGCAGACUUGAGAGCAGAAAUGGUGGAGAGAGAUAAGCUGCACAGAGAGACAGUUGAAAGACUGCAAAUCCAGAUAGCACAGCUAGAGAGAAAAGAGCCUGCACCUGAAGGGAAGAACCACUCUGUGGACCCUUCAGUCACAAACUGGCAUAUUCCAGUUCCUGAUACAGGACGUCUUGACUCCAGUGCUCACAUAGCCAGAGCUCAGCUGGCCCAGAAAUCCAAACGCCACCCACCCUCUCGAGACAAACUCAGAGAGAGCUUCAGAAAACAGGAAGAUGAAGUACAGAAAGCACAGGAGAGCCAAUCGCUUUCUGCUCCCACAGCGAUGCAGAGGAACAGCAGGAGUGACCUGUCUAGUGCCUCAUCUUUCUCAGCCCUCAGUCCUCACCCUCCCACCGGCUCCGUCUUCACCCCUCCCAUCUACAUCAGUGACACCGUCACUCCCUCGCCAUGCAAAUCCUCCGCAUCCAGAAAGUCCAAAAGGAAAUUUCCAGACUUCAGUGGCCUUCGCAAAUCUCUCAGCAAACGGAGAAGUGAGAAACACAGGAAAAGGUCUAUGAACAACAGCAGGGGGUCCUGUGGUGACCUGGUGGAUGAGCCCACUGGAGUUUCUCCAUCAGGCUCAGUCACCUCCAUGCCGUCUUGUCUGCCCUUCCCCUGGUUUGGAGAGCGCGGGAGAGAAAAGGAAGUGGACAGUGAAAGAGGCAGGGAGAGACUUCGGUCGGUGUCCAGCAGCAGCUUACCGUACCUGACCACUACAGGUAGAAGAGAUCAGACAUUGGACGAUGACCCAGUUCCGACCAAUAACAACAACCAGUGGCAAAGUCGAUCCGUCUUGGAGUGGGACAGCCAGCAGGUGUGUCUGUGGUUAAUCGCCAUGAACAUGGAAGAGUAUGCGUCUGAGUUUGCUGCCAGAGGUGUGGAUGGGGCACAGCUGCUGAACAUGGACAGUGAGAAACUCAAGGCUCUGGGGGUGUGCAGUCAAAGCGACCGCUCUGCCCUCAAGAGGAAGCUGAAGGAGAUAAAGAAAAGAGAGGAAAAAGGACAGAAGAAAGGAGAGAAGAGGUCAAAAGAGGAAAAGGAGAAAGAGAAGAACACAGUUCUGGAUAAGGAGGGUGAAGACAAAGAAAAGGCGAGGAUGAUGAUGGAGGGGAAGUCUGUAAAAGACGCCAGACGCAGUGGUAAAACUGUAAGAACUGAGUCACUCUUAUAAAAGGAGAGACAGGUGAUGUCGGAGAUACACCACCAGCAUAAGGGUGUGUUUGCAGCCUAACGCACAUGAAAAUACACUUGAACCCAUUUCUAUUUAGUCAAAUGAAACAGAUCUACUGCACACAUCCUCUAUUGUUCACAUCUUUAUAGCUAUCAUUUAGGAAACAGAGCACAGGUUGGUUUUUAAUGAUACAGAUCUUUGGACCAGAGCUGACGCUGACUCCAGCACCAAAGUUCACACUCACAGCACAUGUGCAUCUCUCGGUAUGUGUCGGUUUUUAAGUGUGUGACAAACUGUUUCACAGUGAUGUUUUGUUUUUGUUUUUAUCAUGAACCUUAAAUUAUCCUUAGAAUGAUUUUAAUAUUUAACGAUGUGCUGAUUUAAGCACUCAGGUAUUUGCUGUAAAUGCUUUUUUAUGUAUUAAUAAAUAAUGAUUUA